AUGGACGUUCAAGGUGUUUCUCCUGCAAAAAAAAAUCCAUGUGGAAAAUUUAUUGGCAGUGGUCAAAGGCAAAUGAUUAUUAAUAUGUAUAAAGAGAAAGUACAACAACGGCUUGACAAUCCUGAGAUGGAAAAGUUGAACUACAGACAAAUGAUUUUAGGCAUUUCAAAAUCUACCGGUAUUGGGCAACACACAGUACAAACCACAUUAUCCGAGUAUCAAAAACAAGGUACAGUGUCAUCGCCUAACAAGAAAAAAGUAAGAUCUACAGUCAUACAGAAAGUUGACGAAUUCGAUAAAAAUGCCAUCAGACAAAAAAUUCACAGUUUUUGGAGAGCCCGUGAAGUACCAACAGUUCCGAAAAUGUUAAUAGCCAUUAAUGAAGACGAAACUUUACCCAAUCUCAAACGUUCGUCAUUCCAAAAGAUAUUGAAAGAUUUGCAAUUUGAAUUUGUCAAAAAAAUCGUAACAGUGCACUUCUCGAAAGAGAAGAUUUAA